UGAUCUGCUUCCUGCUGUACUGACCCCACCUAAAGACGCCAUUACAAGUGGUUGCUGCUAUGUUCAGUUAAUAUUUAAAAGGUGAAAUAUUCGCAAUCCUGUUAAAUAUCGGCCCGUGCGCGUUGAUGUGGCUGCUUUAUGGGGAUGGAGCCCAAACCCUCAAGACUACCCACAAGAUUAUCUGUUGAAGCACAUAACCCUCUAUCAACAUCUUCAUCAGGAACAAAAAAGUUGUAUGAGGGUAGAUCAAAUGGCCUGGGUGACUCGUAUGCAACAAGAGAAACUCCAAACAAAAUUGAAAAUGAAGUUCAGGGAUCUCGAUUGCACCAUAUUUCCCGCAGAGACUUUCCUAUAUCUGAAACAGAGCAUGGUGAGCAUAUGCUGAAACUAUCGACCACCGCUUCAGGGCGCAGCUCACGAGGAUGUGAAGGACCAUGGUCUGUGGGUUUUUCGGGAAACAGAAAUAGAAUGUUCUCCACAUCUGAAGGUUGCCAUUUAUCUGCACCUUUGCAGCCUACUAUAUAUAAUGAAACAGAGAGACUUCCAGGAGCACCUUCAAGAUUUUUAACACAGUCCCAGAACAGUGAUUCCAAGAGGCCUAAACUAGCAUCGACUUGUUCUCCUAGUAAUAGUGCCAAUUGCUUGAGCAACAGUUCAGAUUCGAUGUGGAGGUGUACUCAGUUUCCAAGAUCAUCAGCAGUGCAAUUCAGUUCAACAUCUAGACCUGAAACUACCCUCAGUGAAGGAACAGAGUCCAAUGCUGAAGAUCUUGAAGAUAGAGUUUUAUCGUCCUAUGCGCAAGGUGCAAGACCGAGGGACACAUUGUUUGGAUCUUUGAGACGCACGACAUCAAGCUUAAGUCGAGCACUUUCCUUGCCUUCAGAGAGUCGACCUGUAAUCUCAAGAGACUCUAGUAGCAGUUCUUCCAGGUCCUCUAAUAGCAGUCGUCCCUUAACAAACAUUGAAGUGAUACCACAAAGAAGUAGAGUGUGUGGUUUUAUGCAUAGCAGAACUGGAUCUGGAGCUUCAGAAUCAGUAACCCCGGAAAGGAGAAAUAUGUCUGUGUUGCAACCAAGACCACUAAAUGACUUUGUAGCAGAAUCUAGCAAUAGGUGUAGACCUAGACAGCUGUUGUCCCGCCUGGCAUCCAGUAUGUCUUCGACUUUCUCUGGCAACCGAAGAUCCAACCAGGGGCAUUCAGUUGUAAGGCCUUUUGAAACAACACAUUCCUUUGGGCAUUCAGAUAAUAUAUCAUUAGGUGGAAGAUCUGAAAAUUUUGCACAGGCUAAUAGCACAAGCAGACAUGAUGCCACUAAUUUUUCAAACAAUCAAUCCUCUGAAUCAUCUCAGGGAUUUGGAUUUUUGAGAUGGAGGAGAGCAGGAGCACCAAACAUUUCACAGUCUCAAAAUAUUAAUGGGGGUGUAGAAAGUUUGGUAAAUUCAAGGCCAGAUUAUUCUGAAAAUCGAAAUACUGCUUCAUGGUUAUCAUCAUCAUUACGAAACAGGUGUACCCCUCUCUUCAACAGAAGGAGAAGGGAAGGAAGAGAUGAAACUGCAAGAAUGGCUGCCGCAUCUCAUAGUACCAUAAAUGAAGCAAGAGCAGACCACUCACCAGUCCUCCAAAGAGAAGUUGGAACAUGUGAAAACUUAAGCAGGGAACAACCAAAUAUUAUCCAGGGUGCUACUGCAGCUUCUUCAAUGGCUUUGACCUCCACCACUACAGGCAGCUCCACGUUUUGCACUCCAACAUCUCUACCAGAGAGCCUUCAUGGUGGUGGUGGUAGUAGUAGUUCAGGAAUUGCAGGGAUAUUCCCUAAUUCUGUAAUACGCCUUACUAUGCCAUAUGGCCUUGGAGAUGAAUUCUCUGAUAAUAUACUGAUAGCAGUAGACUUUGCAAGUCCAUCUAGAAGUCAUGUAGAGGCUCCAGAAAAGCAGAAAACUGAUAGUACAUCUUCAAGGGAUCCAGAAAAACUCAGAAAAUUACAAGAAAGCCUACUUUUGGAGGAUUCUGAUGAUGAAGAAGAAGAUAUCUGUCGGAUUUGCCAAAUAGGGGCUGGAGCUACAACACCUCCAAAUCCUUUAAUACAGCCAUGCAAUUGUACUGGUAGCUUGCAAUAUGUUCAUCAGGAAUGCAUGAAGAAAUGGUUGCAAUCCAAAAUAAAUUCAGGUGCUGAUCUGACUGCUGUAACCACCUGUGAAUUGUGUAAGGAGAAGUUGCAGCUGGAUUUUGAAGAUUUUAAUGUCCAUGAAUUGUAUAGGACACAUGCAGAUGAGCAGGCACAGUACGAAUUCAUCAGUUCUGGUCUGUACCUUGUUUUAUUGCUUCAUCUGUGCGAACAGAGAUUUUCUGACAUGAUGGGUGGCACAAGUGAGACACGGACUAGACUUCGGUUCAUCCAUCUGGCAAGAACCCUACAGCAGCACAUACAAGAUCUUGAAACUACAGAUGAAGAUUCCGAAGAUGAACAGGAUAGCUUUGGCAGCAGUAGAACAUUGGGAGAUUCUGCUUAACGGACUCACGAUGGGGCUUGUAUAGCACAAAUGGAAUCAAUGCAACAGUGAGGAAAGCCCCUGUAGGCUUUAUUCAAAUGGCUAACCAUUGUAUUCAAAUUUCAAUUUGCUUUUGCUAGAAAUUGCUAGUGGAGCAUCAUCAAAGAAUAAUACUGAAACAUUAGGUGCAGUUUCUCAAUUUUGUGACUACAUGAUAAAUGAUAACAUGCUUUAUAAUUUGAUAAAAUAACAAUUAAGCAAAGCUUUUUAUUUUAAGUUAGCAUUAGAAACUAAGCAGUAAGGCGUCACAUUGUAUAUUCAUAUAAUCAGCUUUUCACUUUUUAAUAUUUUUGGUCUUGGACUGAAUGUGGGCAUCUGAAGUUUUGCAGCACAAUACAGAUUUGACUUGCUUGGAUGAAAUAUAGGCCAUGGGACUCUUUCAACUCCAGAAUUUGCAGGAGAUGCAAGAACCACAGGUUUCUGACAUCAUUAGAAACUUCUAUAUAUUUAAAUGGAUAUUUUUGUCCAAGUAUGUUUCCUUUCAUGAGUACAUAGAUUCAUAACUGUCAAUAAGGAUCUUGAUGCAAUUUUAAGAUAAAUUGAUUGCUCAGAAUUUCUUGUUGGGACUGGGUGCCCCAUUGGCAAAUGGUGUUCAAAUAAGAUCCAGGUAAAAUUGUCUGCCUUAUCAAAAAAUAGAUAUGGUGAUUAAAGUAGCAGUUUUCUUUGUUCAGAAAAUUAUUAAAGGUAUUAAGUUUUAAAAAAAA